AUGAACCGCAUUUUCGGCAAGAAGAAACCCGAGACGCCACCCGUUAAUAUCUCCGAUGUGGGGGGAAAGGUGGAUGCCCGGGUCACCGACUUGGACAUGAAGAUCGAGAAGCUGGACCAGGAGCUCCGCAAGUAUCGCGAGCAGAUGAAGAAGACACGGGGACCAGCCGUCAACUCGAUAAAGCAGCGAGCCAUGCAGACGCUCAAGCGCAAGAAAAUGUUCGAGGCGCAACGCGAUAAGCUGCAGGCUCAGUCUUUUAAUAUUGAACAGGCGGCAUUUGCCAUAGAUACAUCAAGAGACACGAUCUCUACCGUCGCUGCCAUGAAGAGUGCCGCAGUACAGCUGAAGGCAGAGACCCAGAAAAUCGACAUUUCGGAACUGGAGGACGUGCAAGAUGACAUGGCCGACCUAAUGGAGGAUAUGAACGAGAUUCAAGAGAUUAUGGGUCGUUCCUACGGGAUUGGUGACGAAAUCGACGAGGACGAACUGGAGGCAGAGCUGGAAGGGCUGGAAGAAGAAUGGGCUGAGGAGGAGGCACUCGGAGAGGACGCAGAGGCUGCCCCAUCCUACCUUACGCCCGCUCAGCAUCACGAGUUGCCUGCUGCUCCCUCGGGAGCUUUAGACUCUGGCAGGACGGCUCGCGCCACCGACGAAUUCGGCCUUCCAGUUGCGUCCUACUCGACGUAG